ACGACGUGGUACACAUUAGAUCUAUAAAACAGUCGAGGCAUCUAAGUAUUACUUCCAGAUAUCGUUCUGAGUUCAGCGAGUUCUAAACCGGCUGUUAUUUCGGUCAACUGUUUGUAACUACGGAAGUGUUUGGAAAAUGAAACUGUUUUUGUUAGUAUGCGCAUAUUGCGCAAUAUCUUGUUCGGCAUCAGAUUUUGUGGACGAUCCAGAAGUACAACUACCAUCGUAUAUGCGCAUUUGCAAUCGCGACGACCCUGAACUUGGACAGUGUAUUAAGGAGUCCCUGCAACGGUUACUUCCGGAGUUGCAUACCGGAAUUCCGUCAAUUGAUUUCCCUGCCAUCGAUCCCUUCAGUCGGGAUAGCAGCUACUUUGAGUACAAUAAUCAGCAAAUGCAUGGUUCCAUUCACAUUAAAAAUGCCAAAACCUUCGGCAUGAGUAAGGCUCAAAUUCGAAAUGUUCGUGCCUUUGCCGAUGAUGACUCCUUCCGAAUGGAGGUAGACGUUAGUUUUCCAAAAUUAAUCACUGAAGGCAAAUUCAAGGGGGAAGGACGCUUCAACUCAAUUAAGGUUGCAUCAAAGGGAUACUUCAAUGUUACAACCACGGACGUUUCUACAACAUGGAAAAUUUCCGGCCGAACUGUUGACAGAAACGGCGAGCAGUACAUGCUGAUAGAUAAAUUUGAUAUGAGCCCUGAAGUGGGAGAUAUGAAGAUCUACGCCACGGGAUUGUUCCCAGAUCCAGGACUAAACCAAGUAGCUCUUGAUUUUGUUAACCAGUAUUGGCCGUCACUUUACAAAGAAAUGCUACCCGAAACGCGUCGAUCUUGGGAACCGAUCAUGCUGGACGUAAUCAACAAGAUGUUCAACCGAGUCCCCUACCGGCGGAUCUUGCCGAAAACGGAAUCACUGUAACAUGGUUAUUGUAUACUGACGUGCUAUAUAAAAACGGCGUGAAUAAAGUCGAAGUUGAUAUUUUGAUGUGGA